AUGAAGUUCGUUUUGAUCGUAGCUUUGGUCGCUGCAAUCGGCGCACCAAUUGAAUCCAGUCCAAUUUGUCCGGCAAUUUACCAACCGAUUUGCGCCUCAAAUGGAAAGACUUAUGAUAACGAAUGUUUGUUCAAUCAUGCUUUGGAUGAAGAGGACAGUACGUUAACAAUUAAGUUUCACGGAACGUGUGAGUACUCUGAUUGGGAUGAGAUCGUGUGCGAUGCAGAAGACAAACGCUUUGCUUUCUGCGGCUCGGAUGGAAUCACCUACAAUAACAAAUGCUUCUUCGAUAUUGCCGUUAAAAGGAAUCCGAGUCUGAGGAAGAGAAACGGUUAUCCAUGCUUCACAGGGGAGGUAACUGAAGUGAUAUGCGGAACUGAUGGUAAAUUUUACGAUUUGCCAACGUUUCGCGCACUCCAAUCGGUCAGACCUUAUCUUGGCCAUUGGGGAUUAGAUAACUGCAGGCCUAGUCCUCUACCACCAGGCCCUCCUGAUCAAGAAAUUCGUUAUAGACCUGUACAAUCUUUAUACGAGUCACCGACGGUCUGCGGAUCGGAUUUAUUGAUAUACGAGAUAAGGACUUUCUGGGAUCAGAAAGAACUCAGACCAGAACUCGAAGAAUUGCCGCUGAGCAAUUGCUACUACAAACCAUACUUCCAAGAAUAA